AUGCUAUCUGGGAGAUCUGUUGUUCUUCAACGCAACCCAAAUGAAGUGUGGACAAACCAAUAUAACCAAUGUCUCUUAAAAUGCUGGGAUGCUAAUAUGGACAUUCAGUUUGUCUUGGAUCCAUUCAGUUGUAUUGUGUACAUUGUUUCCUACAUAUCAAAGGCGGAAAGAGAAAUGGGCAUGUUACUUAAACAAACAAAAUUAGAGGCAGAGGAGGGAAAUCUCAAUGCUCGACAAACAAUGAAGAAAAUUGGUUCUGCAUACUUGCAUCACAGAGAAGUGAGUGCUCAGGAAGCUGUAUACAGAGUGUGCAAUCUAAAAAUGAAAGAAUGCUCAAGGAAAGUUGUUUUUGUACCUGUUGGUGACAAUCCACUACGCUUAAGCAAGCCACUAUCGUUGCUAAAAAAGAAAGUAUCAAAUGAGGAAGAAAUAAAUGGUGAUGAGGAUGAUGAUGAUGAAAUCUGGAUGACAAAUAUAAUUGAGCGUUACGAGAACCGCCCAGAUAAGCCAGUAUUCCAUGACAUGUGUCUCGCAAACUUCUGCUCUGAAUUCAGAGUACUUGCUAAAUCUCAAGUUCCAAAAAAAGAAAACGAGAAUGUGUUUGAAUUGCAGAACGGGAAGGGAUAUAUUCAACGUAGAACAAGAACACAACAUGCUGUUGUAAGGUAUCCAAGAUUCAAUGUUGAAAAGAUGUCAGAAAAAUACUAUCGCUCUAUGGUGCAACUCUUUCUUCCCUAUCGGACAGAGAAGCACUUGAAGCCACCAGGAUUCAAUUUAUAUGAGGAUUUUUAUGAAACAGGUCAUGUGAAAAUCACAGGGACAAGACAAUUGCAAUCAGUGAAAUCCAUUGUAGAUUUUAAUCGUUCACAUUAUGCACAAAAUGAAGAUGCCAUAAACCGUGCCGAAGAAGCAUAUGAAAUGAAUGGUGAACCAGAGGAUGCAUGGUCAUGCAUAUGUCCAGAAACAGAAGUACUAAGGAGAGAAGGUAUAGCACAAAGGAUAGAAAACACAGUGCAUCAAGAGAAUGAUAGGGAAGCCAUACCAGAUAUGGAAAGUGAGAUGAAUAAUGUAGAUGUGCUGUAUCAUGUUCACCAAAAUGUAAAUUCAAGAGAUGAAAUGUUGCCAGUUCUCCAAAAUUUGAACAAAGCACAAACUGAAAUAUUCUAUUUGCUUCGUGAAUGGUGUUUAGCAAAGAUAAAUGGCGAAAAAUGUGAACCUUUGCACUUAUUUGUGACUGGUGGUGCAGGCACUGGUAAAAGUCAUCUUAUAAAGGCAAUUCAUUAUGAGGCAUCACAUUUGCUUUCCAGAAUAAUGCCAGAACCAGAAAGAGUAUCUGUACUGCUUUCGGCAUUCACAGGCACAGCAGCUUUCAACAUUGGUGGAAAUACACUUCAUCAUUUAUUUUCACUUACAAAAUAUCUGCCAUUGCCAUAUGAACCAUUGGGAGAACAAAGUCUUAGUGAAAUGAGAGUAAAGAUUGGUGACCUACAGAUUCUCAUUAUUGACGAAGCAUCAAUGGUAUACAAAAAGCUACUGUAUUAUGUACACGAACGCCUAGUGCAAAUUAAGAAAUGCAAAGAUCCAUUUGGAGGUGUUUGUGUAAUUGCAGUAGGGGACUUCUAUCAGCUUCCACCUGUUAAGCAGCGGAAAAAUGAGAGACUCUACAAAGCAAAUUUGAAUUAUCCUGUGGAUUUCUGGCUAGACUAUUUUAAAGUAAUCGAAUUAAAUGAGAUAAUGAGGCAAAAGGAAGAUUUGUCAUUUGCUGAGUUGCUAAACUCACUGCGUAUUAGACUGACAGAUGAGCCAUUAACAGAGCAUCAGAGUAUCAUGUUGGACCGCUGUAUCAGAGAAGGACCAGAGGAUGCUCUUCAUGUGUUUUGUACCAACGAGGAAGUAAACACUUACAAUUUGUCAAUGUUAAGAAAAACAUGUGAAGAUUUAUUAGAAAUUGAUGCCCAAGAUUAUAAGAAAGACAAAACAUCUGGGAAAUUGGUACAGAGAGACAAACCUAUCACUAGAUCAAAGAUUGAUGGGCUUCCUAACUCCUUGCUAUUGUCCGUCAAUGCACGAGUAAUGCUAACAAGAAACUGUAAUGUGGAAGAUGGGCUUGUGAAUGGAGUGAUGGGCUAUGUUUAUCGAUUUCUAUACAAAGAAAACAAUGCUACAUGUCUUGCAGCUGUAGGGGUAAUUUUUGACAACAAGGAAGUUGGUAGGAAGUCCGGGCAGAAAACCAAAGAAGGAAAUAUGGUGUUAAUAGAAAGAGUACAAGAGGAAAUAAAAGAGAAGUCAGCUUCUGUAGUAAGACACCAGUUUCCUCUUCGGUUAUCAUGGGCAUGUACUGCUCAUAAGGUGCAAGGCAUGACCACAGACAGAAUUGUUGUGAAUUUAGACAGAACAUUUUCUCCUGGACAAGCUUAUGUUGCAUUGUCAAGAGUUACAUCAGAAGAUGGCUUAUUCAUUGAAACAGAAGAUCCAGCUAAAUUAAAGAAAAAAAAUUAUGCAGACCCUGAAGUAAAGACAGCUUUAAACGAAAUGCCAAAAUACAUUUUUGAUGACCUUUCGCAAGAUUUAACAACCAGUGGGAUGACAGUAAUUCUACAGAAUAUUCAGAGCUUAGGCAGACAUUUUGGAGAUCUGAAAAAUGAUGAGAGGUUCAGAAAUGUCGAUAUCAUCUGCCUGACAGAGACGUGGUUAAAGACUGGGAUGAACACAGAAAAUUUUGUACUUGAUGGAUUUCAGUUUCAUCACCUUCCUAGACAGGAGGCAUAUGAUGGCAAUUAUGUUGUUACACAACAAUUACGGCAGUCAAAAGGCGGAGGUGUUGGAUUAUAUUUGAGAAAUAAUAGUGGUUUUCUUGAGAUUCUCCCCCUUCCACAAAUGAAUAUUGAAGGAAUGGCUUUAAAGUUAUUACGGGAAAAGAUUGUGAUGGUAAUUGUGUAUCGUCCAUGCAUGGCAAGCAUAACAACUUUUCUUCAAAGUCUGCAAAGAGUACUUGACUUCACAAGGUCAGUUUAUCAAGAUUGUAUUCUCAUGGGGGAUUUGAACGAGGAUGCAAAAUCUAAUGGUCCAAUCCAAAGAUUUAUGAAGCAUCAACACUUCAGACAACUAGUUACUUUUAGUACUACUGAAGGAAGGACCAUUUUGGAUCAUGUGUACAUAUCCAAUUCAAUAGAUAUUGAUGUCAAACGAUUACCAACAUACUACAGUUAUCAUGAUGCUGUAUUUCUUAAAUUCCAAGAAAUAUAA